CGUCCGAGGAGACAGCAGCAAUGGCUUUCCGGUGUCAGCGGGACAGCUACGCCCGGGAGUUCACCACCACCGUGGUCUCCUGCUGUCCCGCCGAGCUGCAGACAGAGGGAAGCAACGGCAAGAAGGAAGUGCUGAGCGGCUUCCAAGUGGUGCUGGAAGACACGCUGCUUUUCCCCGAGGGCGGGGGCCAGCCUGAUGACCAUGGUACAAUCAAUGACAUUGCUGUGCUGAGAGUGACCCGCCGGGGGGCCCAGGCUGAUCAUUUCACACAGACACCCCUGACCCCUGGGAGCGAGGUCCAGGUCCGGGUGGACUGGGAGCGGAGGUUUGAUCACAUGCAACAGCAUUCAGGGCAGCAUCUUAUCACAGCAGUUGCCGACCAUCUGUUUGGGCUGAAGACAACAUCUUGGGAGUUAGGGCGACUCCGGAGUGUAAUUGAGCUGGACAGCCCCUCUGUGACUGCAGAGCAAGUAGCUGCCAUUGAGCAGAGUGUCAAUGAAAAAAUCAGAGAUCGGCUGCCUGUGAAUGUGCGAGAGCUGAGCCUGGAUGAUCCUGAGGUGGAGCAGGUGAGGGCCCGGGGUUUGCCGGAUGAUCAUGCUGGGCCCAUUCGAGUUGUUACCAUCAAGAGCGUUGAUUCCAACAUGUGCUGUGGGACCCACGUGAGCAAUCUCAGUGACCUUCAGGUCAUUAAAAUUCUGGGCACUGAGAAGGGGAAAAAGAACAAAACCAACCUGAUAUUUCUGGCUGGGAACCGGGUGCUGAAGUGGAUGGAGAGAAGUCAUGGAACUGAAAAAGCACUGACCUCUCUGCUUAAGUGUGGAGCAGAGGAUCACGUGGAAGCAGUGAAAAAGCUACAGAACUCCACCAAGCUCCUGCAGAAGAACAACCUGAAUCUGCUCAGAGACCUAGCUGUGCACAUUGCCCACAGCCUCAGGAACAGCCCAGACUGGGGAGGAGUGGUUGCCUUACACAGGAAGGAGGGUGAUUCUGAGUUCAUGAAUAUCAUUGCCAAUGAGAUUGGGUCAGAGGAGACCCUCCUGUUCUUAACCGUGGGUGAUGAGAAAGGUGCUGGGCUCUUCCUACUGGCAGGGCCAGCUGAGGCCGUGGAGACCCUGGGGCCCAGGGUGGCUGAGAUCCUGGAAGGCAAAGGAGCCGGGAAGAAAGGCCGCUUUCAGGGCAAGGCCACCAAGAUGAGCCGGCGUCCAGAGGUGCAGGCGCUUCUCCAGGACUACAUCAGCACGCAGAGCGCCGAGGAGUGAGGAUUCGGGCACCUCUCUGGCCUCCUGCCGCUGAGACCAGGCCUCUUGUGACCACAGAAAGAGUCUCUUGGAUAAUAAAAUAGUUUGACUUGAAA